AAGUAAAAUCCGAAACAAAUUUCCAGCGUUUCCCCACUUUCACGUGAGUGCUACUACAAAACCAGCUGCUCCGCACUACUUUCCUACUAGUACUAUAGCCAUUAACAUACUCCCACUUAGCACACUAUCACCACUUCAACACUCCCUCCCUCUUUCCUCUUUUUCUUAUUACUUUCCACAACAUGUUUCUAACCUUUUCUCAAGACUAAACAAUGCUUCGUUUAAUAACUCUCUUCUUUUACCUCUUCUUCACCUUCACACUAUCUUCCUCAUCAAACUCAACCUUUUCUCAAGACGCUGUUUCCCUACUCUCGUUCAAGCAUAACGCUGACCAAAACGACAAACUCCUUUACACACUAAACGAACCCUACGACUACUGCGAGUGGCAAGGAGUCAAAUGUGCACAAGGCAGAGUCGUACGCUUCGUCGUUCAAGGAUUCGGCUUAGCCGGUUUUUUCCCUCCAGACACCCUAACCCGCCUCGACCAACUUCGAGUCUUGAGUCUCCGUAACAACUCCUUAUUCGGACCCAUUCCGGAUCUCUCACCGCUUAUCAACCUUAAAUCACUCUUCCUCGACCGGAAUAACUUCUCCGGUUCUUUCCCUCCUUCUAUUCUCUUCCUCCACCGUCUCAUUACUCUUUCCCUCUCUCAUAACAACCUCACCGGUUCACUUCCGGUUCAGUUAACUCUCCUCGACCGUCUCAUUUCGCUUCGGCUUGACUCCAACUCGUUCACUGGUCCUCUUCCUCCACUCAACCAAACCGAGUUAAAAAUAUUUAACAUCUCCGCUAAUAACCUCACCGGUCCGGUUCCUAUCACUGAAACUCUGACACGGUUCAAACCGGCGUUGUUUUCCGAGAACCCGGGUCUUUGCGGUGAGAUUAUUCACAAACAAUGCGGUCAUCGUUCUAGAUUCUUCGGUUCAUCAAACGCCACCGUUUCUUCCUCAGCACCGCUGAGUCAGAGCGAGGAAUCGCAGGGUAUCGUGGUGGUCCCUUCGCCUUCUUCCAAGAAAAGGAACCAUAAGAAAAUCGGUUUGGUUUUCGGCUUAAUAGUUGGUGUUGCGAUUCUCACAGUUUUUACGGUGAUUAUAAUAGGGUUAGUUAGAAAACAGAACACCGGGGCGAAAUCGAAAUCCGAAUCCUCGGCGUCGGAAACUCUACCGGCGGUUGCGGUAUCCGAAGUGAGAACCGAAGUGGAAACCGUUACGAAGGUGAAGAUGAUGGAGGAAGCGCAUAGGAGUGGGAAGUUGGUGUUCUGCUGUGGGGAGGUGCAGGAGUAUACGCUGGAGCAGCUGAUGAGAGCUUCUGCGGAGCUUUUGGGACGAGGGAGUGUGGGGACCACUUACAAGGCGGUAAUGGAUUCGAAUGUGAUAUUAACGGUGAAGAGAUUGGACGCCGGAAAAAGUGGUGUGACAAGUGGUGAAGAAUUUCAGAAGCAUAUGGAGAUUGUGGGUAGACUUGGUCAUCCUAAUUUGGUUCCUGUGAAGGCUUUCUUCCAAGCGAAAGGAGAGAGGCUUGUUAUCUAUGAUUUUCAACCUAAUGGAAGCCUCUUCAAUCUUGUUCAUGGUUCAAGAUCGGCGAGAGCCAAGCCGUUGCAUUGGACAUCAUGCUUAAAAAUAGCAGAAGAUGUAGCUCAUGGACUUGCUUAUAUACAUCAAGUUUCGCCUUUGAUUCAUGGAAAUCUAAAAUCCUCUAAUGUUCUUCUUGGAGGAGACUUUGAAGCUUGCAUAACCGACUAUUGUUUGGCCUUCCUCACCGAUUCUUCAGUCAUUGAAGAUCCUGAUUCUGCAGCCUACAAAGCCCCAGAGGUUCGAAAAUCUUACCGCAGGGUGAGUUCAAAGUCUGAUGUGUAUGCUUUUGGUGUGCUGCUGUUGGAGCUUUUGACGGGCAAGCAUCCUUCCAAACAUCCUUUCCUUACCCCAACGGAUUUACAAGAUUGGGUUAGAGCAAUGAGGGAUGAUGAUUUUAGCGAAGAUAACCGGUUAGAAAUGCUCACCGAGGUUGCCAGUAUUUGCAGUGCGACUUCGCCAGAGCAGAGGCCAGCUAUGUGGCAAGUUCUUAAGAUGAUACAAGGAAUAAAGGAUAGUAUUUCGAUGGAGGACACUGAACUCACUGGACUGACAUAGUUUGUUUUCAAAUCGGAUUUGAUUUUAUGCAGAGAAAACAAUCACAACAAGUACUGUUAUCUCCUCUUAUUUGAAGAUUGAAGAAAAUUGCUCAUGGGGGGGAAGUGACUUUGCAUGUCAAGUUUAAAGGUUAAACACCUUUUUUGAGGAAAUCUCAACGAGUUAUUCUGCAAAACAUGAGGAAUCAUCAGUGAUUUUUUAGUGGGGUGUUAUACUAGUUAUAUAUAACACUAGAAAAUGAAAUUUAUAUAAAUGUAUUUUAGCUUAAUUCAAAUUUUACUCGGUUUUUAUCUGAGCUGACAAGCAACGAAUGCUGUAUUUAAGUGUGAUGGUAAAGAACAUUCAGGCACAAAUGUGUACAAAAGCAUCA